AUGGCUUCAUCUUCUCCACGGCUGAACUGUGAGAUCACCCUUGACACCGUCAACCUUGUGGCUAAAGACCUGUAUAUAAUUUUGUUCACUCCCGCAUUUCUGCUGAAUGUUAUGGCAGCCUGGAUUUCCUGGAAGCUGAAGACCAAAUCUUCAUUGAUUGUGUACCUGAAGAACCUUGUGGCAGCUGACCUUCUGAUGACCUUCAUGAUCCCACUGAGGGCUGCUGGUAGGGUGCGUGAGUCAGAUCCGAAACUCAAAGCCUUCAACUGCCAGUUUGGCAGUGUGCUGUUCUAUCUCUGCAUGUAUGUCAGCAUUGUUCUGAUGGGAGUCAUCAGCCUCGACCGUUUCUUCAAGAUUGUGCAGCCCGGAGGGAAACGGCUCGGCCAAAGCGCCAUCUUUGGCAAAGUGGUCUCUGCAGUCGUCUGGGUUACACUGCUCAGCGUGACCACCAUUCCAACCAUGGUACUCACCAGUGAGAGAAACAACACUGGCAACAAUUCAGCAGAGCUGUGCAUGGCCAUGAAGAAUGAUAUGGGGAAAAAGUACCACCAUAUAGUUAUAUUAAUCUGCAAUGGGAUCUUCAUGGUUGUAUUAGUAGUCACUGCAUUCUCAUACAUGUGCAUCGCAAAAAGGGUCAUCGAGUCAUACCGAAACUCAGGGAGCACAAACAGGGAAGGGAGACGAAAGAUCAAAGCUCGAGUGUUUAUCGUCCUGGCGGUGUUCCUGGUCUGCUUCGCCCCCUUCCACAUCACACGCAUCUUCUAUACCCCAACGCAGGUGGAGAACAAGAUUAACUGCAACUGGGCCACGCUGAAGAUCGUUAAAACUAUGACCCUUUGGCUUGCCACAACUAAUGUCUGCCUGGACCCCCUCAUCUACUUUUUGCUCUGCAAAGCCUUCCGGAAGAAAUUGUAUGGAGUCAAGAUUCUUGGGCAAUGGUUUUCCACUACAGUCCAUGUCAACAGUGAGGAGACUUCUCUUUGAACAAGUGAAAUUCACAGCACUCUGUGGCAACAGCAUUUUCACAUCAGACUGUGGCAGCAGUGCCAGUGACUCACUUCACGUGACUGAAAGUGAAAGUUUUCCCAAUCAAAAUAUAAUAUGCAUGCAUAAUAUAACCCAAGUCAUCUUUUUGAGUGAUCAAUCAUUUCCCAUGCAAUGAUCAGUCUUUGUGAUUCCUCAAGUUAUUUUGUUUUAUCCCAUUUCUAAGCAUUUGUAUUAUAAUGCCGGUGGGUUGGGUACCUUUGCACUGUUGCAUGAGUGUUCCCAUAAGCUUGUGUCCUGAAUGUGAAUAGAAUGAUCUGUGCUUGUAUUGUAAUUAAGUGGAUUAAGUAUUCCAUAGUGCCCAUGUUUAGUCUUGGCUCUAAAUCAAUACUAGUGGUGUGCAUACUGCAAAAUUUGGUAUUGAUACAAUAACAAAUAAAUAGGCAUUGCCGAUACCACCAAUACCGAUAUUUGUUACU